AUGACUUCUGACUCUUUUGUCCCCGAAGGCUCAACCGUCCUAGUGACUGGUGGAACUGGAUUCAUAGGCGCCCAUUGUAUUCAGAUUUUACUCGAACAAGGAUUCAACGUCAAAGCUGCAGCCAGAUCUCAAGAGAAGGCUGACCAGAUGGCCCAAGUAUUCGACAAAUAUAAAAAUCAACUCUCUUUUGGCAUUAUUGAGGACAUUACGGACUACAAUUCUCUAGUCAAUUUAGUCAAAGGCUGCACUGCAAUUUUGCAUUUGGCCAGUCCAUAUACUUAUGCCGUCAAUGAUUUCAAGAAAGAGCUACUUGAUCCCGCCUUGAAGGGAACGUUGACAAUUCUCGAGGCAGCAAAUCAAGAGAAAUCAAUCAAGCGCAUUGUGAUCACUUCUUCCUUUGCGGCGGUGUUUGAUGCAACCAAAGGGUUGCAACCAGGAGUUGCCUUAACCGAAAGAGAUUUCUCACCUCUUACAUACGAGGAUGGAAUCAAGACCUCCGACCCAGCUGUUGCAUAUCGCGCUUCCAAAAUUGUUAGCGAGAGAGCGGCCUGGGAUUUCGUGAAAGACAAGAGGCCGGCAUUUGAUAUAGUGGUGCUCUGUCCACCAAUGGUUUACGGCCCUCUGGUCAGUACUAAGACCUUAAAAUCGCUGGACCAGCUCAACUUUAGUAAUUCGACUAUAUGGAAUAUGGCUACAAGCGGAUCCAACUCAAGUGUUCCACCAACCAAGGGACCCGUUUUUGUGGACGUGAGAGAUCUCGCAUAUGCUCAUUAUCAAUCAUUGGUUGUUCCUGAAGCAUCCAAUCAAAGAUUUAUGGUUUCUGCAGGUGUUUUCAGCAACCAAGAAAUUUGUGAUGCUUUGAGGGAGCAGCUGAGCCCAGCAAGAGCAAAGAAGGUUCCUGUUGGAACACCUAACAAAAUUCUUGACCCGGAACACUUUACCACAGACUCUACUAAGGCCAUUGAAGUAUUAGGAAUGUCAUUCAGACCAGUCAAUGAGCCAGUUGUUGAUCUUGUCAAUCAGCUUUACGAUUUUCUAGGAUAA